CAUCGUCCUUUGACAGCUGCAACAAACACAAACAAAAAUCCGUGAGAAAAGCGCACGAUAAGGCGAAACAAAUUUUAACUUCCUAGCAAAAAACGUGACGAUUUUCGGAAAAUCACCCGCUUCUGUAACUGUUGCGAAUGGCGAAGGUGAAUCUUUAAGGCCCGUUUUGGUGCUGGCAGUAUUGUGGUGGUAGGCCUCAUCAAGGUGUAAGUGUGACGCGCGUGUGUUUACCGUUCGUGUGCUGCCGAAGAAGGUGCAUCACAGUCCCCCGAGCGGAGGAGGGAAAAGGCAACAGCGCAAAGAGAGAUCGAAAAUUCUAUAUUUAUCGAAAGUGGACAUAGCACAGUGUUUGUGGCGGGUUAGUUUUUCCCUUUUUCGUGCCAGCAAUUGUGUUGUUGUUGUGGUUGCGUGUGCCACCGCUACCGAUCAUCACCGUCGGUCCUCGUCGGUGGCAACCAACGAAUUCGCUGCGGCAGCAAGGAACCGUUCUGCCCCGGUUUGGGGGUUUGGGGACCGGUGAGCCGAUUUAGCUAAGCAAUCGCUCUGGCAGCAAACGGACGUCGGCCUAAGCGCGACGCAUCAGCAACACAUCCGGCGGAAACAGCGACAGCUUCACCGUCCGCCGGGUGGCAUCCGGGAGCGGAGCAACAUUUCGGAGUGAAACGGAUUCGCCACCACGGAGCUGGCCGGACCGAUAUCACCAUCAAGCGGUGCGCUAUAAUGAAGAGGCGCAAUGCCGAUUGUGGCAAAAUACGACGGCCCAUCAAGAAGAACAAAAUUGCCGAACAGAUUGGGAGCAACACCUUGCUCUACAUCAAAUUUCUUCUCCUAUGGGCGUCCGUAAUCACAGCAGACUUUUUGCUCGAGUUUCGUUUCGAAUUCCUAUGGCCCUUUUGGUUGCUGCUCCGUUCGAUAUAUGAUUCGUACAAGUAUAAAGGAUUGGCAUUUUCCGUACUGUUUGUCUGCAUAGCGGUAACAUCCGAUCUUGUCUGCCUGUUUUUCAUCCCCGUUCAGUGGCUAUUUUUUGCCGCCAGUACCUACGUUUGGGUGCAGUAUGUCUGGCAUACAGAUAAAGGAAUCUGUUUGCCGACGAUAAUACUGUGGAUAUUGUUCGUCUAUCUGGAGGCUGCCAUACGAUGGAAGGACAGUCGCAAUAUACCACAUCUCAAUCUCUGCCGGCCGUUUGCCGCCCAUUGUAUCGGGUAUCCGGUGGUGACGCUUGGGUUCGGUUUCAAGAGCUAUGUCGGUUACCGCAUACGGCAGCGCAAGCAGCGCGAGGUGGCAAAGGACAAUGACUUCUACAUGCAGUUGCUUCAGGAAGCACUGCCGAAGGAAGAGUCGAAAGCGUUAGAGCCGUUGCCCGAUGGAAACGAGUCGGCUGCGCAGAAGGAUCUCGUACCAGUGGCGGCGACGUCGAGCAACCCUAAUAGUCUGAAUAACAGUAGUAGUAGUAGUGGUGGCGCUGCGAGCAACCGAAGUGACACAGGACAGCAUAAUAAUCAUCACCAUAAUCAUCAUAAUCACAACCAUCACCACCAUAACCAUCAGCAGCAGCAGCAGCAGCAGCACCACAGUAAGAGUACCCAGAGUUACAAAUCGUCGAGCAGCAGUAGUGCCGCUUCGACGACGCAUGCAAAUGGGCACGUCGGUAGUGGUAGCUCACCGUCGGCAUCGUCGAGCAGUGCGAUGAACGGGAGCGUCAAUCACUCGUCGCACCAGCAGCAAGGCUCUUCCAAGCAUCGGAAAAGUUUGGACAAGGAUAGCAGCGCCAGCAGCAAUGCAUCGUCCAAUUCAUCCAGUACGUUUAAUGCCGGUAGUAAGAUGAACGGCGGCGGUGGUGGUGGUGGUGGCGGCGGUGGAUCUUACUACUUCCACCAGACCGCCACAUUCCAGCAGAUCGGUAACAAUAGCUCCUCCACCUCCUCCUCCAGCAGUAGCACCAGUAGCAAUAGCAGUAGCAACAGCGGCAGUACCACAAUCAGUACAAAAGAAAGCUCGAUCGCGGUGAAUCGUGCAAACGAUCAUAAUGGGACCGUUCAUUGUAAUGGUAGUACCGUCGGGAAGGAUGCCAAGGAAUGUGCCGCGUCGCAAGGACAAACGGCUCGUAAAGAUUGCGACCGGGAGGCCAAAACCGGUGACAACUUGGCCGGUUCGGGUUCGAGCAACUCGACAAAACACGGCAGCGGACAAACGACGGCAUCCAGUCGUUCAAAGAGUCCAACCGAAAGCACUCCACCAUACAGCGGUGCGUUGGGAAAUAAAUCCAAUGCCGGUAAGCAGAAUGGUCACGUGACGCAAUACCAUCAACCGGAGCUGGUACAACCACCGACGGCCAGUGAAGCAGCAGCGACCAACACCGAAUCGAAAGGAGGUAGUGGUCGUUCGGGGCGCAAAAAUCGAUUCAAGAAGGCUGCCGAGCAACAGCAAGCGCACCUGUCCGCCAUCGCAAAGCUGUGUGCGACGCUUGCACUCGCCUCGUCCGUGACGACGCUUACGACGACGACAGCGACCUCGACAUCCGGUGGUGGAGGCGACAAGGGAACAACCAUCACAUCGUCUACGUACACCGCCACCGGCAGUGCGCCGUCUGCGUCCGUUAAAGACAAUCACCAACAGAACGGGGAACAGGCGAAGGUGCUGGCCAGCACAUCCAAUGGCAGCAGUGCUGACGGUGGCAAACCGGACUGUAGCGUCUCGUCCGUGAAUGGGACGCUAAAAGCGACACAAACGGCGACCGGAUCGUCCUGUUCAGCUUCAGCGUCCGAGUCCGGGCCGCCAGCCGCAACCGUGAUUGUGCAGAAGGUGUGUGAGUCCUGCCCACGACUCGAAGGGGAUGUAAAGAAAUUGCGCGCCGAGCUGUCGGCACACCGGCAAACCGAGAACGAGCUGCGCCAGAAGUAUGAUUCCAACACGAGCAACCUGAAGGCGUGUCUGCAGGCCAAGCAAAAGGAUUACGAUGAACUGCAAACCCGAUACCAGGAGCAUUGCAACCAACGGCAACAGGAGCGUCAGAAUUUGCAAACCGUCGAGAGACGGUUGGGCGAGGAACGACGCCACCGGCAGUCGCUCGAGGCGCAACUAAACAACGAGCGCAAGUAUCGCAAGCAGGCAGAGGAAAAGGCCGCCCGGGCCGAGUGUGGCGAGCCGUGCAAGAUGAAGAAACAGCAGAUGGAACUCGAGAUGGAUAAGAUGCAGAACGAGCUGCACAGCAUGGAGGAAGCGAAGCUGAUGGCGGAAAAGCAGGCUCGUACCUAUGAGCAGGAGUUGCGCAAGAUGGAGCUACAGCUACGGAACCGCGAUGCGCAGCAAAACACCGAGGUGUUGAUGAGCGCGCUGGCCGCAAUGCAGGAUAAGAACGCGACGCUCGAGAAGAGCCUGUCGGCCGAAACGAGAUUUAAGCUGGACUUAUUCUCCGCCCUCGGUGGCACCAGGCGAGAGGUUGAAAUACUGACCUGUUCGCUGCGUGCGAAGGAAGAGGAAAUACUGGACCUGAAUGCAAAGAUCGUACAGCUGCUGGCGGUCAUGCCUACCGAGAACCUUUGCCUGACCAGCCACGGUGGCGGUACGGGUUCGGACGGCGGUGCGUCGAUGAUGCGGUUGGCCGAUGCACCGCAGCUUCUGCCACAAUCCAUGACGAGCGGGCAUCUGAAUGGCAUUGGGCCCGGCAGUGGCACUGGUGGCAGUGGUGGAGGAGGCGUAGGCGCGGCCGGUGGUGGCAGUGGUGUAGGUGCAGGCAGCCAACAGCAACCGAGCCCGAUGUCGCACCUGGUGCAGAACGGACCAUCGUUCUGCAGUCAAUUAGGCAGCCUCGGGGUGCUCACGUCCACGAUGUCGGCACUGCCCUCGUCAUCGGUGCUCUCCGGUCCGCACACCAGCUCCGCCGGCAAUGGCACCAAUGGGGGACAAAUAGUACAAAUGCAAGGCUCGAACAACGGAGGCGCAAACGCCGGCAACUGCCCGUCCGGGCUCGAUCCGAACGCGACCAUUUACACGCCGAAAAACAACGGCAUGGUCGGUGGUACCGAAGCCUGACCGCAUGAGCUAUCGUUUUUUCCGCCCAGCAAUGUGUCAUACUCCACGCGAACUCCGUCAGCGCUGUCGCUAUUUGUAAGCUUGCCGGGUAGCAGCACCACCAUCACGUCCACCACCACGAACGCCACGACGAGCGGCAGCGGCAGCAACCUAAUCAGCGCCGGCGUGGCCAAUCUGGCGCAACAAUUGAACGCACACCAGGCUCAACAUCCGUCGGGCGUUUCGGCAGCGAAUAGCUUACCUUCCUUGCUACUAUCGCCGCCCAGUCACCAUCUCAGCAUUCAUCCUCAUCACCACCACCAGCAUCAUCUUCAACCGCAGCAACCGUAUCAGCAGCAAAAAUCACAAUCCCAUCACCGACAAACGCUUCCGUCAAACGAUCCGUUCGCUUAGAGAUGCCAUUCGCUUUUACGACCUGGGAAUGCUUACUUGUUUCUUCUUUCUUCAGCUAAUCAUUUGCUCAUUUCUUCUUUGCACUCUUUUAGAUCGUUUUGGUUUCGGUACACUUACUUCUCUGUCUGUCUGUCUGUCGGUCUGUUUGCUUGCAAGCGCUAUUGCAAUGGGAAAACACAACUUUGCUGUCGAAGAUAACGCGAUAUUGAUCUCAUAUGAACUAAUCUCCCCAUACGACGAGCUUGCCUUUGUCGCACUCACUGGUGAGCAACAGCAACGCGCUGCCUACAGGUGACCUAACGUUUCAAACGCAACACGCGACACUACUGACACCCUGGCUGCUAGCCCCAUGCUAAGUAGUGUUUGCUUUCUCGCACUCCCUAUUUUUAAGUUCCUAGUUUUCUUUAAACACAAUCCAGUUGGAUACAAAUAAUGUGUUUCACUAAUCGGAAAAUCAUGACUCUCGCCUUGCUAUUUCGUAGCGUACUUUAUAAUUUAGAAGGAUUUGGUCAUCCUUAAGAGGGUAGUACACGCUGGUGGGCUGAUAAAAAGUGAUUCUCUGGACCUCUUUUUUUACAAAUAACUAACUCCUAUGAGCCGGUACAUGUCCUACGUAUGAAGCGCAAAAAGGAAAUUAAUAAUAUAGUACUGAAGAAAGUGUUUCCUUAAAUACUAGUGAUGGGCAAAUUGAGGCAGAAUGAGUGAAUGAAUUAGAUGAUUCGUGAGAGUCACACAUCACCAAGAGUUAUUUCAACUCAUGUGAAAUAAAGAUGAGAGAGCAACUGCUCACUAACACGUGAGAGGUGAGGCCGCCGAAGAGUGCACAGCUACCUUGUUGAAAUCGAAGAGCGCGCUCAGAGUCCUCAUUUUAUUGAGGCGAGGCCUCCCAGUAGCUCUCGAGCUCACUAUCUAACACUACUUGUGGUUUAGUUCUCCGUGCCGACUAAACACUCAAUCACUACGUUUUAGGUUCACUCUCUUUGUCUUAACUAUCUGAAUAAGUUUCAACUCACUCACUGUGUAUUAAUCACUUUGUGAAUUAAAUAUCGCUUUGACAAAUGAAAACACGAUGGCAAUUUGUGUUUGAGAUAAAAAUGAUGUAAUGCGAUAUCAACGUACUGAGGGUAUUGAGUGAGUUAAAACGAGAUGAGUGAAUUAAAGCAAAGUUAGUGAGUAAAAACCUAGUGAGUGAGUUAAAACGUAGUGAGCGAGUGAGAAAACGUAACGAAUGAAACACAAUCGUAACAACCUCACAGAAACGUGGUGAGUGAGUGAGUGGCUAGUCGGCAUGGAGCGGCGAACUCUUCAAGAGUCAGUAUAAGAUUUAACUCAUUAUUCUUACUCACUCUGAUUCAAAUCACGAUACUUUUCGAGCUACUGUGGCCGCAACAUCAUUGAAAACAUGGGCUUUUCAAAUCCCAUCCAGACCGUCUCCCCGUACGUAGGGCCGUGACUACUGCUUUACUACGGGUAGAAAUCAGUCACAGAAUGCCAGAAAUGGCAGGCCAGCGACCUCUCGAGGUUGUGGUGCCAAGGAAGAAGAGAGAGUGUACUACCCUUUCUUAGUACGUCGUCGCUGAAAUCCCGGAGCUUACUGUUUCCAAUCGGCACCGUACUUACCAGAAUCUUCAAGCAGCUAAAAUCAUUGAUCCAUUCAGGCCAUUGUGUGUCCGUUUUUUUUAAUAGUUCCUUUCACUAUUCUUAGCACGGUAAUGGUAUAAAUUUUUUGCUCUUAAAAACUCAAACCCCUCUACUUGGAGACGACGGAGAUCGAAGGCGAAACCCGACAUUUGCUCGUUGGAGACGCUGGCGCACGUCUUGAACUGCGUUUCCAUUGGGUUCGCCACCCCCCCUCCCCCCCCCCCCCCCUCCCGCCCACUAAUUUAAACGCCACAAUGCUUAGCCAACCGGUUUGCAGGUUGUUGGAAAAGCUAACUUGCAAACGAGAAAGUAUCUUGCUGGAAGGGAGGAAAAUGCAGACAUAAUGUUGUGAUAUUCAUAUUACUUAAAUAUAUAUAUAUAUAUAUAUAUACACACACGUACAAUAUAUAUAUUCUUACAUGUAUGUAUUUUUACAAUUAAUCGUAAAUCUAGAUUAUUUAUCAUGUACACACACACACAACAGUAUACCGGAACACUCAAACGCGAUUCGGUAGCUUCAACUGUUGGCGCCAGUCGGAGCGCACACCACCUUUAGGGAGAUACUUAGGGGCAAGAUGAAGAUACGGAAAAUCUAAUUUGUCCAACAAUAAUCUGUUGCCCGCUUCCUUGACACACACACACACACACUCACAUACUGCCCCAGCAACUCGGUACAGUUGCCUACAAGAAGCCUAUCAUCGCCUCUGCAGCAGCCAAACGUGCAAAAGGUUUUUAGUUAAGUUUCGUUCGAUUUUUUGUUCGUACUAAGUUAGUGCUAUAGCUCGAACGUUUUUUUUUUAGCUUUGGUUUUGCUUGCUCACUUUAUCACGCGUUUAAGUUGCUUUUAUAUCACAACCAAUCGAUACGGGCAUCUCCCGACACCGAAAGCCGCUCGGUUCUGUGUGCGGUGGUUGUUAUCGUGGUGGUCGGCUGCACGAAUAAAUCUUCUGUGCUGGAUAAGGAAAAGCUAGGGGGAUAUGCAUUACAUGCUAGUGCGAAAACGUUUAACUUAUCGUGUAGAAAAUCCCAUUUUCCAAGCUGUGCAUGUCCAUGCGCGGACAAGAAGAAACCCACGACACAACUGCACGAACGGUACGGCUACAGCUGGAAUAGAAAUGUGUUAAGGUGCAGGAGGAAAGUCCACUCGCGCAAUGUAUUAUAGUCCCGCCACGGGGGGAAAGACAAGUAGGGAGGAGCGCAGGAGCACACCGUGAAGCGACAGACGGUGACAAUUAGUAAACGAUAAGAUGAUAACACUUACACGAAAACCAAGCAAAACUACUGCAAGAAAUAUCGAGAUCGAUAUCUAUGGAUAAAACAACCUUAAGGAACCCUAUGGAAGAUGGACGACCGCCGAGAAAGAUCUAUGGUGUAAUCACACUAAAGAAAAUAAAAAAAAAACCGAAAGUGAUAAUGCAAAUGUAAAA